AUGGCCAGCAAAAACGCAACUUGUAGAUCUCCAUUGCAACGGUCAACAUCAUCAACACCAGAAAAUGAAAUUACCAUGUCAAGCUUUGUCAAUGAAUCUUCAAGCCUCAUAAACUUUUUACAUUUAUAUCAGAGAAUUUGCAAUGCAGAAGGUCCUACCAAUCAUAAAAAUCAAAAAGAAAUUAGAUCUUACUACUAUUUUGGUGAAGCUCUGAAAAACCGACUUGAUAGCAUCUUGACUGAAAAUCAAAUUCCUCUCCAUUCAGCACAAGUAAUACUAAAUAGAGAAGUUAGGCAACAACUUUCUGUAGAUAUUUCUGAUUCAAUGAAAUCGGUGUUGCUAGAAUAUCUCAUGUUCAUUCUUUUUCUGCAGAUGCAAUCUCAAGGUUAA